AUGCGCGCCUGCCGCCCGAACCUUCUGCCGGCUGGUGCCGGCGCCGUCUUCAGCCUGCCGGAAGGAAUGGAGCCUAAUCCGCAGAACACGCCAGAGCCGAGCGUGAAGCCCAGCCCGGAUCUCGACGCCGAGGGAGCCGUUCGCACGCAACUGGAAAGCCUCAAGGACCCGCACGAGCCCUUCACGAACCAUGGCAUCAUGGUGAUGUAUGAGUUCUGUGAGGGCGCUGGCGCAAUGGAGCGGUCGCGCUACUUCGGAUACAGCAAAGACCUGUAUCACUUCGACCACUUCCUCGGGAUGUUCCAGAACGGCGAAGUCGGAAAGCUGUGCGGGUUGGCCUCGUACGACAUCAAGACCGUUGCCGCUGCGGGCGCGGAGGGCCUCCCCGCGCCCCCGCCCGGCUCGGAGGCUGUCGUCGAGGUCGAGGCCCGCGCGGACGACGACGCGCCGCUGGGACGCUACCACUUCGUGAUGGUUCGGCGCGGCUACGGCAAAUACAAGGACUGCCUCAUGGCUGGGGCGUUGCUCCCUGUCAAGGACGGACCCCGUAGCUGA